GAGACCCAUUCUGUUACACGGCCACGAAAGAGCUGUCACGUAUGUGAAAUACAGUCCCGAUGGCGAUGUUUUAUUCAGCGCCGCUAAAGAUAACACUCCGACGAUGUGGAGAGCAAAUACCGGAGAAAGAAUCGGCAUUUUCCACGGACAUACAGGAGCUGUCUACCAGCUUGAUGUUACUAGUGACACAAAGUACCUUUUUUCUGCUUCCGCAGACUGGUCAAGCCAUAUUUGGGAGGUGAACACGGGCAAAGCUUUGAGCUGCAUUAAUCUGGGCAGACCCAUUCGUUGUGUGUUGGUGAGCAACGACGACAAGCGCCUCUGUUUGAUUAGCCAGUGCUGGUCGAAACAAGGACCUUCCGUCCACAUCUUCGACAUUUCAAACGGCGUGGAGAACCUCGAGGGCAAGGACACGGUCUUCCUCAACGUCUGCCCCGCCCCCAUAAACGUUUUCUCUGCGCUCUGGCGCGCCAACGACCGCGAGAUCAUCCUCGCCUGCACGGACGGCAAGCUCCGCGUGCUGAGCACGGAGACGGGCGAGAUCACGCAGACGAUCAGCGCGCACGGCGCGGAGAUCACCUCGCUGGUGCAGUCGGCGGACGGCGCGCUGCUGGCGACGUCGAGCAAGGACGCGAAGGCGAAGGUGUUCGACGCCACGACGCUGGAGGAGCUGAUGGUGUUCACGACGGACCGCGCGCUGAACAGCGUGGCGCUGUCGCCGAUCCGCGAGCAUUUGGUGGCGGUGGGAGGCGUGGAGGCGCGCGAUGUGACGACGACGCACUCGGAGAAGAUGGAGAGUCUGUUCUUUAAUAUCGCGACGCGCGAGGAGAUCGGACGCGUGAAGGGAUCGUUCGGAACGAUGAACGCGGUGGCGUUCAAUCCGGAUGGAAAGAGCUUUAUUACGGGAGGAGAGGAUGGCUAUGUGCGAUUGUGCUUCUUCGAUCCCGAGUAUUUCACCAUGGACGAGACAAAUGAACAGAAUCUCAGGGAAUUGGAAGAAUUAAGCAAGAAGCAAUGGCGUGUUUGUUUAACUACGCACAAAGAUGAUAAUGAUAAUAAAUAG